AUGGGCCAGAUUGAGAAGGGCGGUACGAGGGUGAGACUUGGCGUUGGUGUUUUGGAACAUCAAAGAUGGACAGGGUUUUCGCGGAGGUCGCUCCUCGGAUAUCUCCACAACUACAGGUCGGGGGUCUUCCAAAAUCGAGAAGAUUGGUGCAUAUGGCUAGGUCACUUCACCUUACAAUUUGUAUGGCACUCUGGCCCGGGGUUGUGGUGUGGUAGGGGAGAACGGGGGAUAAUCCCACACAGGAGCUUCGAACAACGUCCGGUUCACGUUUGGCUGGAUAACUCCACCACCACACGGGGUAUGCGGUCGGCGAUGGGGUCAAAAUGCUCGUAUGAUCGAGGGCUUUUCGAUGGAUCUAUCGGCGGGUUCUUAUUCGAAAAAUCGAGCGAGUUCGUGGUGGAGCGGUUUUUUGAUGAAUAG